AUGAAAUCUGCAUUAAUACUCUCUUUAUUAUGCGUAUCAUUGGCAACUUGCCAGACAAAUGACCCAGGACAAUAAAAACUUAAGAAGAUGGAGGCUCUUGAGUAUGCUUCUGGAACUGGAAUCAUUGUUUUCAAUGCCAAAAACUAUGAUGAGCUAGUACUCUAAAAUCCCAGACCUUAUGAUGUUGUUGUUCUAUACACUGUUAGUGCUCAUUGCGAUCUUUGCGAUGAGGUUUUUGGAGAGUAUGAGACUGUAGUAUAUUCAUUCCAAAAGAAUAAGAACUUACAACAAAGACCUGUUUUCUUCGGAGCUCUUUACCACAGCAAGGACACUCAACAGUUCUUCCUUCAACAUGCAUUCAAAACAGUACCUCACUUGACUAUUUCCCUACAAAAACCUAAAAGACAGGAUGGUGAAGAGUUCUACAAGGAGGAAGAUAAGUGGAACGUUAGAGCUGAUGAGAUCUAUGACUCCAACAAGAUUCUUGAGUUUUUCAACAAGAGACUCUCUCUCAAUAUCCCACUCACAUUCCCACUCAGUACUGUUCUUUUGAAGAACGUGACAUUCUUCCUCAUCUUCGGUGCAGUUUUGACAAUAUUGAAAUACUUGAGAGUGAUCAUGCUCGAGCCAGUUGUCUGGUUUAUCAUUGCCAUGCUUACCUAUUUCAUUUGCACUGGUGGUAUAGUUUAUAGUAUCAUUCACAACGUUCCCUGGUUCAAGAUGGAGAGAGAUCAAUUUGGCAAUGUCGUCAUCGCUGAAUAUUUCAUGAAAGGUCAAAGAGGCCAAUGGGCUGGUGAGGGUUAUAUCUUCUCUGUUUUGGUUUGCCUUACUGGGUUCACUCUUAUUUUCCUAUCAAAAGUUGAAGAUAUCUUGAAGAAGAAUUCCCACAGAAGAAUCGCUGUUCUAACUUGCCUAGCUUUGAUCUACUUCUUAACUGAGAUGAUGCUCAUUUGCUACAAAUACAAGUCACCCUGGUACGGCCCAGGCUUCUCACCCCCAGGACACUAUCAAAGAGGGCCUCUUAUGGCAGAUCAAGGAAACAAUAUCUGA